UUUGUAAUCAAGUUUAUGCAAGUGGCAAAUUCAGUGAGCUUUUUUCAAUUUUUUUAUGCCGUGGCCAGAGAGAGAGAGAGAGAGAGAGAGAGAGAGAGAGAGAGAGAGAGAGAGAGAGAGAGAGAGAGACUGGCCACCGGAUUCUUACCAUGUAUCCUGGUGGGCUACCUGACCCUGUCAACAUGUAAACCACACUCUACUUUAAUCAGACACAAGCUUAUCAAAGGUGCCUUCAAGCUUUUAAGGAGGGUGAAGCGCACGAAUAAGGAAGAAAAUAUGUGGGACUGUAGUGUCUGCACCUACCGAAACUCCCCAGAGGCCUUCAAAUGUCUUAUGUGUGAUGUACGAAAAGGAACAUCCACAAGGAAGCCACGACUGAAUGCUGAGCUAGUAGCAGCACAAGUAGCUCAGGUGGUACCACCUAAAAUAAAGAAAGCUGAGAAGAAAGACCGUGACCGUAAAGGGGAUGGUCGUAAUCUGCAAAAGGGCAGUUGGAGAGUCACAGAAGAUUUGUGUGGGAGUGACUACUACUCCAUUGUCCUGGCUUCUCCUGAGGCUGUCCCUCACUGGCCUCGAUUGAAGAACGUGGACCGUAGCACAGCACAACAUAAUGCUGUCACUGUUAAUAAUGUGACAGUCAUCAUCACAGAGUUUCAACCUAAACAUCGAUCUUCAUCCACAACAUCCUCCUCCAAGACCACCACCUCCUCAGGCAACACCUCAUCAGCCACCAAUGGGGAUGCUCAAGUCAUGUCAUCCUCAGAGGCUGGCUCUAUCUCAGAUGCCUCUACAGAUACCACUCGUAAUGGUGACAUGACUACUGAAUCCAGAAGCUCUUAGGUCCAGCUCACAAAGUCAUCAGCAGCUCUCAUACCCAUCUCUAAACAUCACCCUCUCAACCUUCAGAGACAAAUGGUGAGAGGCAAACCACAGUUGAACGAUUGUGAUUGUGUCGCCACCACAUGCCCUUCUGGCUUACAAACACUUACCAAGGUGGUGCAUGUGUGUGAGACAGUGCAAAAGUAAGAAACAUUGCCAUUUUUCACAAAUUUUUUUGUGCAAGAGGUUGAGCUACCUCCUCACAUAUGUGACUUGGAAGAGAUAUAGGACUCUUAUCCAUGGCUCUAGUACUGCCAAUUUGUAUGUACAGUUUGGUUAACCUCAAAGGUAUUAUUUAGCUUAUGUGUGGCACAGCAGAUAGCCAUAUAUAUGUUCACUAUCUUAGGAUUUGUACUACUGGGUUUGUAAAGGACUGCCUUUAUCCCAUUGUUCUUGCCUUUGUAAAGAUUUUUAGCUAGAGUGGAUACCUUUAAUGAGGCACAGACAUCUGCAGUUGAGAAUGAAAAGUACUGUGCUGCCUCAAGCUUGGAUUUGCAGUGUAGUGAGACUGAGGCUGUGGCUUCAUGUGCCACAUCCAAUCACUGUAACCAUCAUCAUUAUUGAAAGUACUUUGUUUUAAAUUGAGACCACUUCAAGAAGUAAUUGUUAUGAUAAUGUACAAAUAUAUCACGUUGCCUUGUUAGCAAAAAUUUUUGAAAAUUCAAUGUUGAUGCAGAGGUACCUGCUCUUGGCACCAGAGUAAUGCCACUGCCACCUUUGUGUCCCCUUUUUGGCACUACAGUCAAGAAUUUGCCAAGGGAUGUUUCUUGUUGAGGUUAGGGAUUAGGGCUGUAAGUCCUUGAUGUAAAUUUGUAUUGAACUGAUGUAAUGUUUGUGUGUGUGUGUGUGUGUGUGUGUGUGUGUGUGUGUGUGUGUGUGUGUGUGUGUGUGUGUGUGUCUGCGUGCAUGCACACUCGCGUGUGUGCGUUUGUGCAGGUAUGUGUAUGGAUGCGUGUGCACAUGUGUGUGUGUGUGUCUCACUCUGUCUUUCUGUAUGUGUGUACUGUAUGUAUGUUUGUGGUUUGAGAAUGAAAAUGUACAAGUAUUUUGCUGUAAUUCUUGUAGGUUAGGUAACAAUUACAUUUUUCUUUGAUUAUGACAAUUAUUUAUUAUUAGGACUUUUAUAUUUGAUGAUGAAAUCCCUUUUUGCUUUCAAUAAAACUGUUUAUUUAUGAUACACCAGCAAUGCAUGUACUUGGCUAUGCAACACAUUGUUUUUUACUGCUGAUAGAUGGCUUCUUAGCCAGCAACAUGUCUUCAUGUUUACCACUAAGAGCCAACAGAUUUUGAUAGUGAGACAAUGCAUGGGCUGUAUAUGGUUAAUUUCUAAUAGAUAAUUAUGGCAUCCCAAGCAAAUCCUACCACUUGUGUUCAUGCUGUAGUUGCUAUUUCUUUCAAGUUCAAGCCACAGAAUAACACUGGAAUGAAUACAUUUUGUACAUUACUGUAUUAACUUUGCAAAAAUAUGCCUAGAAUUAAAUAUCACUACAAGUGGUGACUUCCACUUCCACAUAUUUUUUCCUGCUCCCUAGAGAUGAUGGUUAUGCAGGACCCUCUUCACUUUUUACCACUCUGCCAUCACCACACUGCUAUAACAAACAGUUCGCAAUAUUAAGACACUAAUUUUUCACAUUAAUACACUAGCAACAAGUAGGAUAUGAGUGCCAUCUCUGAUACAGUGGAACCUCAAUUUUCAAACUUAAUUUAUUCCUGAAUGCCAUUCGAAAUCUGAAGUGUUCGAAAACCAAAACUUUUUCCCCAAAGGAAUCAUUGUAAAAUAGAUUAAUCUGUUCUCAGACACCAAUCCACCAUGUCUUAGUGGGUAAUGACUGAUGCUCCCACUGCUAAGAUGGCCACUCCACAACAUCUCCAGCUCAGAAUUUUUUUUUUUUAUCUAGAAAGGAUGUAUUGAAUGAACUUAGUGACACAGAACUCAUCAGAAGAUAUUGUUUAGACCAUGUAGACAUUUUCUUUGUCACCAGUCAAGUGAAGGAAACCAUACAGAGUGACAUGGAGAGGAGCAACCCAUUCACUGCUAAAAUAAAGGUGAUCAUAACACUUAGAUAUCUUGCUGCUGAGAAAAGCUACUUGGAAAAUGUAGCUGUGCACUAGUGAUGGCACUGUGGGUCAUAGAGAGAGCCACAGGAGGCUCAGGAUUACUCCUGAGCACUGAAUCUUGUUUGUUCACAUCGAGGAACCUCUACAAUGGGAUCACAUUUAACAUAUUUCAAAGAUUGAAUUACCAUCUUACCCUCUGUGUGUCUCCAGGUAUAUUAAAAUGAAGGAAAUGUAGAAACUAUAAAUCAGCAAUGAAUGGCAGCUUUUGCUACAUCUUGUAGUAUUUGAAAUCAAGCAACUUUGUUUGAAAACGGAAUUAUGGUACGGCAACCAAAGCAAUUAUGAGCAAAAAUUUUUGUUUGAAAACCAAGUUGUUCAGAAAGGAAGAUGUUCUGUAACCGAGGUUCCACUGUAUAUUGUUUUUGUUUAGAUUAUGUACAAAAUAAUUUCCUGUUUUGAAGUGUUUGUUCAUUGGGCCAAGUAUUUGCAAAGCUGGUUGUAUGUCAAUGGCUAACAGUUAAACCAAACUGUUAUCUCUCGUUGAAGGACUUAUCAUUAAUAUUGUCUGUUAUUUGCCUUCUUUUUUUUGUUUUCCUGACUUGAUCCCACAACUUUCAUAUAUAAUUAUUUUCUCCACUUUAUUUUUGAAUAUGUAUGUAACAUACACCUAGCACAUAUGCAUAUUCAGGAUACACCCCACAAGAUUACCUUCCUUCUUUCUUUUACACUAUAGUUUAUUGUGAAAUACCAAAUAUUCUUGCCACAACUCUAGCAUUUUCAUAAGGCUGUGUUUGAGUUUCUUAAAUGGGGCCAUACAAUUAUUAUUAUUAUUAUUAUUAUUAUUAUUAUUAUUAUUAUUAUUAUUAUUAUUAUUAUUAUUUAAUUUAUAUUUAUAUUUAUUUUAUUCACUUAUUUUAUUUGUUUAUUUAUUUUAUUUAUUUAUUUAUUUAUUUACUUUUUGUGUAUGUGUGUAGAGAAUGUUUCAUGCUAAUGAUACAAUUAUUAUACCAACCAACACUACAUAGUCAUAUAGAAACUAUUUUCUUUGAAACAAUUCUUUUAUGAAAAUUAUGUAUAAAACUGUAUUUGUUGAUUGCUUGCAUGUGAUAGACAGAAUAUUCACAUGUCUGGGGUUCAUACAUCCAAUAUUCUGAAAUGAAUGUCACAAGCAAAAAAAGAAAUGGAAAAUAUACUUAGCCAAGGAAUUGAAGAUAUUAAAACAAAAAUGCAGGAAAAGUCUGAA